CUGUGUUCAGCGCGCAUCCGUCAGUAGAGGCGCGAACUCUGAGCUCGCUUCAUGGAUAAGUGAUAAAUGAAAUUGGUUUUAGUGUUGAAUUUACGAGAAUAUUAUAAUAAUUUAGAAUGCGCCACGUGACAAAUUCCCGCGUCAGGAGACGGCUGUUCGCAGAAGACGUCACAGAAGAAGCGAGAAGGGACAACACAGCCAACGUUCUUCUAGAACUAAUUAAGAUGGAUCAAGAAAAAAACACAAAGAAAUAUAACUUCGACUUCAAGAAGGAAGUGCCGUUAGAGGGGGCGUACGAAUGGAGUAAAGUUAACGGCUACUUCGAUUGGACUGGCGAGAAGAUUAAUACGGACAUUGCGAACGUAAUUACAGAUGAAAAAACUAGUAUAGAUAUAAGAGAAUUCAACGAAGCCACUCCUAGAAUGAAAGCAGAAGAACAACAGCCAGCUUUAAGGAAAAGAAGGAGAGAUUCAGAAUAUAACCUCGACAACGCCGUGAGACGUAAGAUUGAUUUUUAAUGUAAUAUCUAUCAUACGAAUAGUUUAUUUUCAAUUUAAAUUAAGUGCAAUCGAGUCAAAUACUUUGGAUCAUUGAUGUGCCAGAUACGACUUAGGUUAUUAUUUAAUAUAUAGGAUAUAGUUCACCUAGCUUUAUAUAAUGAUAAGACUGUACUCGUAUUUAGCGUAGCCAAUUGUAGCACGCCACUACACCAUCACAGGAGAUAUUAACUACAGACGUAGAGUGUGUAGUAUAAGUGAAAACAUUUCCUCGUAACGUUUCGUAUUUAUUUUUUUUUUUUUUUAUUUCAAAAUCUUGAUCUCUACUAUUUAUUAAUUAAUGAGGACGAACACUAUCACCGACUUGUUUACGUGAAUAUAAUAUAAAUUCGUUAUAUGUAAAAUAUUGAGACCGUUACUACGAUUACGUAAAGACGUGAGCACACUUGAGAUAUUAAACGAAUGAAACAAUGAGAGAAUACAAAUGAAUUAUAUGUGUAAUGAAUGAAGUUAUAUAUUCUAUAUAAACAAAAAAAAACUAUCUCAAUAUUAUAAUAUAUAUCGUUUUGUUAGCGAACAAAUAUACAGCGCCAUCCAAAGCGUAGAAAUUACUCUAUAAGGAAUCGAUCACACUAACUGUGAGCGAACGAUUCAGUUGCGAGAUUAAAUAACCGUAAUGUAGUGUGACGCGGCCCUUAGAAUAUUUGACUGAGUGUGAAAUAAAGUAGUAUGUUUUAUAUGUAUGUGUGUUGUGCCAUCUGGAUGUAUUUAGACCACGUUAUUAUGAAGUGUACUUAUUCCCGCAGCGGAGUAAAAAUGUAAUUGUAUUCUCGUCUCUCUAGUUAAGAUUUUUGUUUAAUUUAUUUAUUUGUAAUUUAAAUAAAUUAUUUGUAAAUAAAAA